CCUGAGGCAUAAAUGCAUUGGAAAAUCUCCAGCACAAGCUUGCAGAUCUCAGAGCAGCCCAUCCACCAAAGCAACCAUAGUGCACCUGCACCCUGGUUCAUAGCAGCAAUGAGUAAGAAUACUGAGGAAGAUCAGCUCAAAGAUAGGCUGGAGCAGCUGAGAUGCCAUUUUACAUGGAAGUUGCAAAUUAAAGAUGCUGAAAUGACUGAUUUAGAAAACAGGGUCUUCGAUGAAAUUGAGUUCCUAGACACAGAAUGUAGUGUGGUGAUGCACAACCUACUGUCCUAUAUGAAACACCUGAAAGGCCAGAAUAAGGAAGCCCUGCAGAGCUUGAAACAAGCUGAAGACUUGAUACAGAAAGAACAGGAUGAUCAAGCACACGUAAGAAGACUGGUUACCUGGGGCAACUAUGCCUGGCUGUACUACUACAUGGGCAGACUGGAAGAAGCCCAGAUGUAUUUGGACAAGGUGGAAAGCAUUUGCAAGGAGUUUGCCAGCCCCUCCUGCUACACAGUGGAGAGUCCACACAUGGACUGUGAGGAAGGAUGGGCCUUGCUGAAGUGUGGAGGAAAGAACUAUGAACGGGCUAAAGCCUGCUUUGAGAAAGCUCUGGAAGUGGACCCUGAACACCCAGAAUUCAAUGCUGGGUAUGCAAUUGCUGCCUAUCGUCUGGAUGGCUCCAAGAAACCAUCUCAGACCCUACACACCCUAAAACAGGCCCUCAGGCUAAAUCCAGAGGAUGCUUAUAUUAAAGCUUUCCUUGCUAUGAUGCUUCCAAAUACAGGACGAAAAGCUGAUGGAGAGAAGUACAUCAAAGAAGUGCUGUUCAGCACAUCUUCCCACACCUGUGUCUUUCGAUUCGUGGCCAAGUUUUACAGAAGAAAAGACUCCUUAGAGAAAGCUCUUCGGUUCUUAAAAAUGACUUUGCAGGCAACACCCUCCUCUGCCUUCCUGCAUCACCAGGUAGGGCUUUGCUACAAAACACAAAUGAUUCAAAUAAAGAAAGCUAACAACUGGAGGCCCAGAGGAAGAGAUAAAGAAAAUGUUCACAGAUUGGUUCGGAUGGCUAUAUGGGAAUUUGAAAAGGCUUUGAAGCUACAGCCCACAUUUCAUCAGCUGUAUAUUGAGCUAGCUGAGAUGUAUGCAGAACUGGGCCACCACAGAGUGGCUGAGGACACUUUUGAGAAACUGUUGAGCAUGGGGGUCAAUGAUGAUUAUCUACAGCAACAGAUUCAUUUCUCCUAUGGCCGAUUUCAAGAAUUUCACAUGAAAUCUGAACUCAAUGCAAUUAGCCAUUAUUUAAAUGUAAUAGAAAUAGAAACCUCAUCAUUUACAAGCAAGAAAAGUUUCACUGCUUUGAAGAAAUUGGUUUUAAAGAGCUGUCAAAGAAAUGGAGAAAACACACUAAAGUUGAGAAUCCUUGGGUUGAUCUACAAAUUUCAAGGAGAAACGAAAAAAGCCAUGGAGUGUACCCUGCGGGCCCAGAGUCUGGCUACUGAGAAAGAACUGUGUGGGAUGUGACCCUUAGGUGGUCAAAUAUGGACCACUUUUACAUUUCAUCUCAUUUUAGGUUAACCUGUACUUACCAUCUUUUCUAUGCUGCUUUCAGAAUCAUGUAAUUUUUAACAAUACUCACACCUGAUCAAAUAUUACUUGUGUUCAGAAAACAGUGAAACAGAUUAUAUAUGUCUCUGUGUCAGAGAGGAAGAGAGACAUAAACCAUUUCAUGGCAAUGUUAUGUAGUAGAAAUAACAGUUUGUUAAGUCGAUCUGCUGCAAGUGAAACACUGUACCUGCCUAAAGUAAAAUCAUUCAUUUUGUCAACAAAUAGUUUUCAGUCCUAGAUCCCAAACAUAUUAUGGUGAUAUAAGGAAUUUAUUUUUCCUCUACCCAUCUUAGGUGUCUUGAGUGAGGUCCCACAAAUUAGACUGGGAAAAGAGUGAUUAACCAGAGAAAAACAAACAAAAGUUUAUUAACCUUUGCAGCCCCCCCACACACAAGGCACUACCUAGUGAUGACUAACUAGGUAUUUAAAACUUGGGCAUAUAUAGCAUCUUAACAAAAGAACAAUAAACAUUUACAGAAGUGAUAAGAUAAGGGAAAAGAAGUUUGGGUAUGUAGGUGGAGAAAUGUAGGG